AUGAGCCGCAAGAAGGCGCGCCGCGAGAGUCCUAUGCUUGCGAACUCGCUCGAAGCCAAACCAAACCAGGAGGCUGUGUUGUUGGCCAACUGGUGUUUAGCCCCUUGA